GUCACGUGGAAUCGGGACGCGGAAGUGUGGGUUUCCAGGAAGCUUGAUUCCCUCUGUCGCAUGUCUGGAGCGUCUCGUGUGUGUGUGUGUGUGAGAGAGAGAUGGAUGCUCGGCUCUGUGUGCUGCUCAGCGCCGCGGUUCUGAUCCGCUGUGUGCUGCUGUGCAUCGGUGUGUAUCAGGAUCAGAAUCUGCAGCUCAAGUACACGGAUGUGGAUUAUCACGUGUUCACGGACGCCUCCAGGUUCAUCACACAGGGUCAGAGUCCGUAUGAGAGAUCCACGUACCGCUACACUCCUCUGCUGGCGCUGCUGCUGACGCCGAACGUGCUCCUGAGCGCUCACUGCGGGAAGCUGCUGUUCGUGGGCUGUGAUCUUCUGUCCGCUCUGCUGCUCUUCCGGCUGCUGGUUCUGCGUGGCUCGUCCCGGAGCUCGGCGAGGGUUUACUGCGGUCUGUGGCUGUUUAACCCUCUGACCAUCGGUGUGUCCACCCGUGGGAACGCCGAGUCUCUGCUAGCUGUGCUGGUUCUGUCCUCACUGCUGUGUCUGGAGUCCAGGAGACGGACGUCUGCAGCGCUUCUGUUCGGUCUAUCUGUCCACAUGAAGAUCUACCCGGUCACUUACGCGCUGCCCAUCGCUCUCUCCCUGACCGGAGCACCGUCCCGCGGCCGAGGACUGAUCCAGAACCUGCUCCGCUGCUUCAACAGGGAUCUGCUGCAGUUUGCGGCUGUUUCUGGAUCAGUGUUCUUGGCUCUGAACCUCAUCUUCUACAGCAUGUACGGCUGGGAGUUCCUCCAGGAGUCGUAUCUGUUCCACCUGACGCGCAGAGACAUCCGUCACAACUUCUCUCCGUACUUCUACAUGCUGUAUGUGACGGCGGAGCAUCGCUGGAGCGGCGUCCUGUCGCUCGUCUGCUUCCUGCCACAGCUUCUGCUGCUGCUGCUGUCCUCGCUGGCCUUCCGCUCUGACCUGCCCUUCUGCUGCUUCAUCCACACCGCCGUCUUCGUCAGCUUCAACAAAGUCUGCACUUCCCAGUAUUUUCUGUGGUAUCUGUGUCUGCUGCCGCUGGUUGUGUCUCGACUGACGCUGGGUUGGAGACGAGGUCUCGGGCUGCUGCUGCUGUGGUUUGUGGGACAGGCGCUGUGGCUGUCGCCGGCGUAUUAUCUGGAGUUCGAGGGCUGGAACACUUUUGCUCUCAUCUGGAUCGCCGGCCUGCUGUUCCUCCUCAUAAACUCUCUCAUACUGGGACAAAUAAUCUCCCAUUACAGACCCGCGGACGCCCAGCUGAAGAAGACCGACUGAACAUCAUCACUCCUCAACGAUCACAUGUAAAGAUAUGUAGAAGAGUGUUUCUGCUUGUGUUCUGGAUAUAUUCAGCAGAUCCUGGAGAUGGACGAGCUGACCACUAGAUGUCACCCAGCAGCAGUUCUACAGAUCUGAUGUUGAACAAGCAGAUGCAGACUUCAAGUGCUGGACUUUAAACACUUUAAACACAAACUACAUUUGAGACCAAGUCUGUUGCUCUCACAGAUGAACUUUUACUGGACUUGUGUUUCAGACCUGUAAAUGCUUUGUGAUCAUGAUAAUGAGUGUUUGUGUCCAUGCAGAUAUUAUCAUGAGUGUGAACCAACAUGUUUUAUGAAUGAUAUCUGCACGUCUGAUCUUGCUCCGCCCACCCGACGAUGUCAGCACCAAUAGGAGUGAGUGUUGCGUGGUGGUGGGCGGGGCCUCUGAUGAUUCACUGCUGAAGUUAAUAAUUGAGCUGGUGCUGGAGAAGAGCAGCUGAGUGAAGUGAAGGGUUAAACACGGUUAGAUCAUCUCACCUGCUGGGACCAGCAUCCUCUCUGUGUGCGCUUCGGUUCAGCACAACCCUGGUUUAAGCUUUAAAAUACUUCUGUUGUCACAUUAUGUUCUGGUUAACAUUUUUUCCUCAAAAUACUGGCUGCCAUUAUUGAUUGAACAGAAGCAGUCUGCAGAUCUGUUUAUGUCUGACACAUUCACUCGCACACAAUACUGUCUUAUUAAAGUGAUCAAAAGAAGAAUGUGAAUCACAAGGGGAAAUGAUUAAUUCUGCCAUUAUUCAUAUUAAAAUACUGCAAUAGUA